AAAAUAAAUAGUUGCUGGAGAAAUGUACAGCCAAAAAUAGAUUGUUUAAAGUGCUUGCACUUCGACUUUUUCUUCACCCUAGACUAGACAAAUUUUUAGAGUGUCUGGCUGCCCGGUGUGCACCUUAUUACAAUUCAGUAUUAAAUUUGUGGUGUAAGAAGACGGUACGAAACGGGAAUAUCCAACUUGGCUCCUAAGUACGUUUUGUGUAUUUUUGCUUUGCUAUCUAACUUAAAAAGAAAAUAAAUAAAAUCAAAAAAACCAACAACAAAUAAGUCUUAUCAGAACCCAACCACCACACACAUGGAAUAAAAUAUUUUAUUUCUUCUUCUUGUCUAAUUUUGAAAUCUUAUCUUCAAAAACAAUUUCUAUAUUGUCGACAGCGUUUUCGUGCUACACGUCGUCGUCGUGUUCAAGUGAUAAAAAAGUACAAAAAGAAUUUAUACUCAAACUCACAUACCAAUCGUCAAUUCAAUCAAAUUUAAUUUAUUAAAAUUCUCAAAGUACAAAAGCUGAGAAUAAAAAAAAACCCAUUGUAAAAUUCAAAAAAGCCCCUCCCAAAAAAGUACACGAAACAACCUCUGCUUCUGAAAGUUAGACAAAUCCAUAUAAAAAAAAGAACGAUAAAUAAAAUGCCACUAUUCGCCAAGAAAAUACCCAAAGCUUCGUUACCGGACUCUAAUGCGGCGCUCUAUGACAAUAACAAUGGCACCUUGGCCAAUGGCAAACAGAGUGGCAUGAAUGGCCACAGCGGAAAAACAGGUAGUCAAAAUUUACCCGAAUCAAAUGUCACAAAACCCCAAUUAGUAUUCCACUGUCAGUUGGCCCACGGCAGUCCGACUGGUUUAAUAACCGGUUUUGCCAGUGUACGAGAGUUGUAUAAGAAAAUUGCCGAAUGUUAUGAAAUACCAGCCGAUGAAAUACUAUUUUGCACUCUCAACUCUCACAAGGUGGAUAUGUCGAAAUUACUGGGCGGCCAGAUAGGUUUGGACGACUUUAUAUUUGCCCAUCGAAAGGGCCAGCCAAAGGAAAUUGAAAUUUUAAAAUCAGAAGAUGCUUUGGGUCUAACCAUAACCGACAAUGGUGCUGGUUUUGCAUUUAUCAAACGAAUCAAAGAGGGCUCCGUAAUCGAUCGCAUCGAACAUAUAUUGGUGGGAGAUCACAUUGAGAAACUAAAUGGUGUUACUAUGGUGGGCAAACGUCAUUAUGAGGUGGCCAGGUUGCUGAAAGAAAUUCCUACCGGCUCUACGUUUACCUUGCGUCUGGUGGAGCCCAUGAAGAGUGGCUUUCAGGGUAUAGGACCCCGAUCGCAAUCCCGCAUGCCCUCAGGUCGUGGUGGCUAUGGCAGCGGCAAGGAGACGUUACGUUUUAAGGCCAACGGCAAUGUAGAGAUUGAGGAGAAAUUCGAUGAUUCGACGCAGGCGGGUAUAGAGGCCAUUAAUAAUUUGCUCGAAUCCUUUAUGGGUAUCAACGAUACCGAAUUGGCUACACAAAUCUGGGAUCUGGGUAACGAUAAAACAAAUUCCAUGGAUUUUGCCGAGGCCAUUGAUAAUUCCGAUUUAGAGUCGUUUGGUUUUACCGAUGAUUUCAUCAUAGAACUAUGGGGUGCUAUAACAGAUGCCAGACGUAAAAAGGCCGCCAAAAAUUUGUAAUAUUUAAAUAGAUUUAAACUUGUUGCAAAAUAUAUUAAUUAUUCUUUUUUUUAAAAAAAAAUUGUUUGUAUUUAUAUGAAUGAUGAUUGAAGGUAGAUAGAUGAUGCUUUAGAAAAAUCUUUGAGUAAAUUGAAUUAUUUAAAUAAAUUUUAAACAACACACUCUCUCAAAAAAGACAACUAUAAUUUUAGAAAUGACAAAAUUAAUAAAUAGAAAUUAAAUUUUUAGUAUUUUGCUCAAAAUUAUUUCACAGAAAAAUAAAAAAAUCUUCAACAAUUUGUAUUUCGCGAUCUUGAGUAUUUGUUGAGUACCACAGACCGUGUGACUACCCCUAUUAAAAACUAAACUCUCAUAGUUAUUAUUAUUAUUAUUGUAAUAUUUUACAAACAAAAUGCUUGUAAUAGUAUUUUAUUUUAUUUAAUUACAUACAUACGAGUACAUAUUUUAUUUUAUUAUUAUUAUAUUAUAUUAUUUUUUGUCCUCUUCAUUUGCCAAUAUUUAUUAUAAUUUUAAACAUUAAAUAAUUUGUAUUAAUAUUUUUAUUUUAUUUAAAAUUGUAUGUUUAACGUUAAAUCAGUUUUCAUAUUUUCUUCAAAAAAUAAAUUCUUUUCUUUUUAAUUUGUUAAAUUUUUAUUUCAAUUGUUAGAUUUAAUAUGUUUGUCUAAAUUUUUAUUUAAAAUUUACUUGUAUAGAAAAAUGUUUCACAUGCUGAUUUUUUUUUAAAUAAACAUUUACAAAUUUUGUAAACUGAAAAUCCAUAU